AUGGGGCUGCUGCUGCUGCUGCUGCUCCUGGGGCAAGGACAGAACCCGGAGACCUUUCAGUUCCUGUGUGACCCGAAGAAGUCAGGCUCCGACGCGCCUGCUACGUCAGUCCACUCCCUGAGACCUUCUGAUAUCAGAUUUGUGGCAGGCAUUGGCGAUGUGGAGACUGUGACAGACUCGGGGACAGCCGGCGCAGAGGAGCACUGCAGGACCCGAACUAGGCCACAGCAGGCGUGCGUGGACGUGGUGACAGCCCUUUCAGACAUCAUCAGACACUUCAAUCCGUCUGUGCUGAGGCCCGUGUGCCCCCUGGGGGAGAGAGCGGUGCCCCACAGUGCUGCUGAAGACUUGUGGGCUCAGGCGAAAGAACUGGUGAGGAGCAUGCAAGAGAACCAGCAACUUGACUUCCAAAAUGACUGGAAGCUCAUCAACGUGUUCUUCACUAACACCAACCACUGCCACCUGUGUCUCUUCACCCAACAGCAGAGGCACGUGACAGGCGGCAUGGACCAGCUGACCAGGAUGCUGGACUACCUGCUCCAGGAGGUCCCUAAAGCCUUUGUGAACCUGGUGGACCUCUCCGAGGUUGUGGGGGUCUCUCCCUGGCGUCAGGGGACCCAGCUCAGCCCUGCGGCAGAGCCCUGUACGUGCUCAGGGGACACCUCGAAGCUGUCCAAGCUCGUGGCACAGUGGUCCUACCAGGAAAGCUGGGAGCGUCUGCUGGCCUCCAGCAAGUACAACGAGCAGGAGUCCUUCGCCGUGGUGUUCCAGCCCUUCUUCUACGAGACAGCCCUGUCACCACGCUCGGAGGAGUGGCCGCUCCAGGAUGCCACCACACUCGCCCUGAAUCUCUGGAACAGCAUGAUGCAGCCUGCGGGACAGAAGGAUGAGCCGUUCCGUGCAAAUGAGAGAAGGCUGACUAAGUGUCCCUCUCAGGAAAACCCCUACCUGUUCACCUAUAGCAACAGCGACUACCUGCCCACGCUGACAAACCUCCACGAGAAGUCAGAGGUGACAGACGGAGCGGAGAUCAGGUGCCUGGACAAGGAUCCCUCCGACAGGAUUCCCACCUCAGUUCACAGGCUGAAGGCGGCGGACAUCAAGGUGAUCGGCGCGCUGGGGGACUCUCUCACGGCAGGUAACGGGGCCGGGUCCAGGCCCGGGGAUAUACUGGACGUCUUCACUCAGUAUCGAGGUCUGUCCUGGAGCGUCGGCGGAGAUGGGAACCUCAGCACCGUCACUACCCUGGCCAACAUCCUCCGGGAAUUCAACCCUUCCCUCAAGGGCUUCUCUGUUGGCACCGGGAAAGAAAACAGCCCCGGAGCCUUCCUGAACCAGGCUGUGGCGGGAAACGUGGCUGGGGAUUUAACCGUUCAGGCCAGGAGGCUGGUAGACCUGAUGCAGAAUGACACACUGAUAGAUUUUCAGCAAGACUGGAAGAUAAUAACCAUGUUUAUAGGGGGCAAUGACCUCUGCGAUUUCUGCAACAACCCGGCCCACUAUUCUCCGCAGAACUUCACGGACAACAUCCGGAAGGCCCUGGACAUCCUGCAUGCUGAGGUUCCCCGGGCAUUUGUGAACCUGGUAAAGGUGUUGGAGAUCACCGACCUGAGGGAGCUGUACAACGAGAAGAAAGUCAGCUGCCCAAGGCUGAUCCUCAGGAAUCUGUGCCCCUGCGUCCUGACGCCAGAGGAAAACUCAACGGAGCUCGCCGCCCUCAUCGAGGUGAACAGGAGGUACCAGGAGAUGACUCACCAGCUGGUCGAGAGUGGGCGGUACGACACGAGGGAAGAUUUCACGGUGGUCUUGCAGCCGUUCUUCGAAAAAGUGGACAUGCCGAAGACCUCGGAGGGGCUGCCUGACAGCUCUUUCUUCGCUCCCGACUGUUUCCACUUCAGCAGGAAGUCCCAUGCCCACGCAGCCAGCGGUCUCUGGACCAAUAUGCUGGAGCCCGUCGGCCAGAAGACGACGCGCCAUGAUUUUGAAAGCAAGAUCAACAUCACGUGUCCGAACGAGGCCUGGCCGUUCCUGAGGACCUACAAGAACAGUGUGCAGGGUCAUGGGAGUCACCUGCUGUGCGAGGACAGAGCCCCUUCUGCCUCACCACCCACCUCAGUGCACUCCCUGAGACCUGCAGACAUCCGAGUCGUGGCUGCUCUGGGGGAUUCUCUGACCGCUGGCAAUGGAAUUGGCUCCAAACCAGGCGACCUUCCUGACGUCACCACUCAGUAUCGGGGGCUGUCUUAUAGCUCAGGAGGAGAUGGCUCCCUGGAGACUGUGACCACCUUACCAAAUAUCCUUCGGAAGUUUAACGGCUAUCUCACAGGCUACGCACUGGGCACCGGUGGUGCCAACGACACAAAUGCGUUCCUCAAUCAGGCUGUUCCUGGAGCAAAGGCUGAGGAGCUUGCAGGCCAAGUCCAGGCUCUGGUACAGAGGAUGAAAGAUGACCACAGAGUAAAUUUCCACGAGGACUGGAAGGUCAUCACGGUGCAGAUUGGAGGCAGUGACUUAUGCGACUACUGCACAGACUCGAAUCUCUAUUCUGCAGCCAACUUUUUUGCCCAUCUCCGUGAGGCCCUGGACAUCCUGCACAGAGAGGUGCCCAGAGCCCUGGUCAACCUUGUGGACUUCAUGAGCCCCAGCGUCAUGCGGCAGGCAUUCCUGGGGAGCCCAGACACAUGCCCGGCGCAGCAGGCCAGCAUUUUCUGUAACUGUGUGCUGACCCCUCGGGAGAACUCCCAAGAGCUGGCCAGGUUGGAGGUCGUCACCAGAGCCUACCAGAGCAGCAUGCGCGAGCUGGUGGAGUCAGGCCGCUAUGACACGCGGGAGGACUUCUCCGUGGUGCUGCAGCCCUUCUUCCACAGCGUCCGCCUCCCCCUCCUGGAGGAUGGGCGCCCGGAUACGUCUCUCUUCGCCCCGGACUGCAUCCACCCCAGUCAGAAAUUCCACUCCCAGCUCGCCAGAGCCCUUUGGGUCAAUAUGCUUGAGCCACUAGGAAGGAAAACCGACACCCUGGACCUGACAGCAGACGUGGCCCUCUCCUGCCCCACUCAGAACGAGCCUUUCCUGAGAACCGUCCGGAACAGUAACUACACCUACCCCACCCAGCCAGCCGUCGAGAACUGGGGCAGCGACUUCCUGUGUAUGGGAUGGAGCCCUUCCAGCAGCGUUCCCACUUCGGUCCACGAGCUCCGACCCGCAGACAUCAGAGUGGUGGCCGCCCUGGGUGACUCGCUGACGACGGCGGUGGGAGCCCGCCCCAGCAACUCCAGUGACUUGCUCGUGUCCUGGCGGGGGCUGUCCUGGAGCGUUGGAGGGGACGGGGCCUUGGAGACCCACACCACACUGCCCAACAUUCUGAAGAAGUUCAAUCCUCGAAUAUUCGGGUUCUCCACCGGCACACAGGAGGAGACGGCGGGACUGAACGUGGCUGUGGAAGGGGCCAGAGCUCGGGACAUGCCGGCCCAGGCCCGGGACCUGGUGGAGCGGAUGAAAAACAGCCCAGAAGUCAACCUGGAGGAAGACUGGAAGCUGAUCACACUCUUCAUCGGGGGCAACGACUUGUGUCAUUACUGCGAGAACCCGGAGGCCCACUCGCCUGGGGAAUACGUCCGGCACAUCCAGCAGGCCCUGGACAUCCUCUAUGAGCUUCCCAGAGCUUUCGUCAACGUGGUGCAGGUCAUGGAGCUGGCCGGCCUGCACCAGGGCCAGGGCGGGAAAUGUGACAUGCCGCUGGCAGCUCAGAGCAACUGCUCUUGCUUCCGACGCUCCCAGGAGAACAUGCUGGAGAUGCAAGAAUUGAAGCAAGUGAACUGGAACUUUCAGAGCGGUGUCUCCAGGUUCUCCUACUGGCACCAGUACCUGCAGCGCGAGGACUUCACGGUGGUCGUGCAGCCUUUCUUCCAGAACACCCUCGUCCCCCUGGACGAGAGAGGAGGAGCUGACCUCACCUUCUUCUCCGAAGACUGUUUCCACUUCUCGGAACGUGGCCAUGCCGAGAUGGCCAUCGCGCUGUGGAACAACAUGCUGGAACCAGUGGGCCGUAAGACAACCUCCAACAACUUCACCUACAGCCGAACCAAACUCAAGUGUCCCUCUCCUGAGCGCCCUUACCUCCACACCCUGAGGAACAGCCAGCUGCUCCAGGACCCUGCAGAGGCUGAGGCUGGCCCCGCUGUGCUCUCCUGGGCUGCACCCGUGGCAGCAGGAGGUGGCCUUGUCGUUGGCGUCGGCUCGGUGAUGGCCUGGAGAGCCGUGAGAAGGCGCCAGAGGGGAAAUCUUUCAACGAGAUUCUAGGCCCACCCGCAGAGUGGGGGCGCUCAUCCAAGGUGCCCCCAGCCACACCAUUUCCCAUCAGGCCUCUUCUACCUCAGCCACCCCUGACCACCACAGAGAGACUGGCUUCAACUCCUGGUGACGCAGGACACAAAAAGGACCUCCACGACUCACUGAAGCCUGGGGCCUAUGCUCCUGGAACUGGCAAGUUUAAAUAAAGGCCAAAGCCCUUCUACUCUUGGGUGAACUUGUGUGAAGCUCUCAGGAAAACUGAGCCUUCCAUCUGCUCAGUGAGGCAGCAGUGCAAACUGCCCGAGUGACGGCCAGCCGGAGCCUGACCAGUCCCUACCAGCUCCAGCCCAGCUCCAGCCCAGCUCCUCAGCCGCCAGACCCACUGUUUCAAAAGAAGGAAAAUGUUGGUCACCAGGUGGUGGCUAGGACUUGGGAGCUGGCUGGCCGCCAUCCAAUACAAUCCGACACACACCUGUCACACACCUGUUUUGUAUCCAGGACAGCGUAGGGCACUGCAGCGCUGCCGAGGCUGUGAGGCACCUGACCGAGAAGACAAUCUCCUUCGAAAGACAAGAAGCCCAGUGACUGUGAAAUUCAGCCCUGGGACACGGAGAGGCGAGUGUGUCCGACUGCUCUCAAGACUAGGAGCGGUUCCCUGGGGAAAGUUCCCUAGGAGAAGGCAAUUUGGAAAUGUCAUUUUUAAAAAAUAAGAGGACUAGAACAUGCAUAAUUCACAUAUCCUCAACCUGAUUCCCUCAAGGUGCUAAAUCUAGGAAAGACUUUCUCUUCUACAUUACCAGGUUUCUGAGAGAGAGCUGGAGAGUCUCAAGAGACAGGCCCCUGCGAGGCACAAGGCCCUGAGCUGGACGGAUGUCUCACCCAGACAAAACCCAGAGGAUUCCUUUUGUCCUGCACGGAAACCCAGGGAGCGGGCACCAGAGGAGUUUUGAAAAUAGAAGUGGCGGUUGUACAGCCUUGUGAAUGUUCUAAAUGACACUGGCUUUUUGCUUUAAAAUGCUGAUUGUAAGUCCUAUGAAUUUCACCUCAAUAAAAAGCAAACAAACAAAAAAAUCCAUUACCACCUGCAUUCUAAAUACGUCUCUGACCCCACAGCUCGGGAUGACAAAGAGUGUGAGUUAAAACCCCAGAUGUGCCAUUUGGACGUGUGGCCUUUGGAGCAAACCCCAUCCCCAGCCCGAGCCCCAGGUUUGCAGACAGCUCCUCCAUAAAACUGGACUCAGUACCCAUGUCACCUCAUGGCACCGCUGGAAAACAGAAACAUAGACACACGUGCUGUGUAACUGCACUCUGCGCACAUGGGAAGGAAUUACUUUCUCCUCCGCGGAGAGUGGAGGUAGGGUCCAGGCUGUCGGGGAAGUGGAGAGGGCCGGAGACGGGUGUGGGAACCGGGCAAUGGUGUACGGAUGAGAAUUGCUUGCCUCCCUCUUGUGAAGGCUCAUCACCUUCUCUCCUCUGCAAACAGAAUGGAGUCCCCACAAGACCUAGUUCCCGUCCCAGUGUUCUUUUAGCUUCCAUUUCUGUUUCUGUACCAUGGGGACAGCAGUCCUGCUCCACUUCUUCCUCUGGACCGAAAGACAUAGUGACAGACUCACACGUCCUGAAGAACUGUCACUUCGCAGCUUGUGCUCCUAGCUCACCACAGUGUGACAACAGAUGGAACGCAUUAAAUCCAAAAGUCCCUCUCCCCACGCCCCUUCCCCUCAAGUUUCCAUUCUUCCAAUAGCUCUGACUUCAAAAAAGCCCGGGCUGGGGUUGGUAUUUACACUAUGUGAGUAAUCCUUGAGCCUUCAGUCUGAACAAUUAACAAGAAUAACAAAAAAAGUGAUUCCAGGCUCAUAACCAAGGGACAUUUGUCACAAAGAGAUGUCCUUUCUGGAGGAACACGAGUCAGGUCCCCCACAUCCCCACCAAGUAUAUACCCAAAAGCCAAAGUUUAAAGACACUAAGAGCACCUACUCGGGCCUGGCGGGAGUUCACGUACAUUGGCUACAUGCCGCGCCCUUCACCUGUGGGAGGAUGUUCCGUUUCACUAGGACGACACCCACAGCCUCACCGUGAGCGAAGCCACCAAAUCCUGGGAAAGCUGCACUCCACGUUCCUCUCCACGGGGGCUUUUUACACUCAAAAGAGAUUAGUGUGGGUUGAAUUUGGUCCAAAGCUUCAUAAAGGACAUGGAACUUCAACUGUGCUCUGAAGGAUGGAGAGAUGAUUUAGUCAGGGGCCAAAAAGAAAGGGGUUGUGGAGACAGCGAACUCUGUGAAGCGGGAGGAUGCACGAGCCUGGUGUACGGAGAGGACGGCAGGAACGCGGGAGAAGAGGAGGAGGGAUGGAUGAGCCGGGCACACUGGCAUUAGCGGGGCACUCUGGGAAAGGUAAGGAGUUAGUAGUGAUCGUGCUGGCCCAGUGGUUGCGCUAUCAGGCCGCAUCUGAUUUGAGUCUAUAGAUGUUACUGAGAGAGGUUAGUGCAAAGAGAUACAACACCGGAAAGAGCUGACAGAGGGUUCACACUACAAUAGACCCCAUGGUGCCCAAUAGUGAAAAUGUCUGCAUCCCUCUUAUCAUCCCCUUUUUACGGAGGAGAAAACCAAGGCUCAGAGAGGAGGAAGUUGGCCCAGAGUUAUAGUUCCGUUACAUAAUGGGACGUUCGUCAAAAUGAGACUCGUGUCCGGGGUACAGGGGAAACCCCAAAACAUAAAAUAGAUGAUUCCUGUGGUGAAUUAGGCCCAACUGCAGAUAAACGUGGUACAAAAUGAAAACCCAGGAAAAGGAAGAUAUUGUCUUCACAAGGCUGGGAGGGCACCAUGAGCUCCUCUGCUUCCAAUUGGUCCAAAGAACUCUCAUUAAUAAGCUAUGAUAUUUUUCAUUACUGAAAGGGACUAUGAUUUAUUUUACAAGGAGUAUGUGUGGAGUUUUAGCAGCAGACAAAUCUUCUAAUGAAGACGCAAUCCCUGUGAGAAUCAGCAGACACAACAAAAGGCAGGAUUAGCCCCACAUCUUACAUAACAGUCUUAUACCAGCACUGAAGACAGACUGUAUGUUUGUUUAGAAAGGUUAAAGACCAAAGGGAUUUAAACAUGAGAUGAGAAUAAAGCACCAUUUUUUUAAAUGAAGGCAAAAUUAUGAAAGAACUAAGAAUCAAAUAGAACUUCUAGAAAUCAGAUAUAUUGGUCUUCUGGAGAGAUAACAGAUGGAAUACUUAGUAAACCAACAUUACUUCCUGUGUAUUUACCAUAGAGCAGGCAUUGCUUUCAGCAGUAAGUCCGUAUUAGUCAUCGACUCCCACGGCAGCCCAGGGAGGGACACACUACUGUUACCUCAGUCUUCCAGACGGGGGAACCUAAAGCAGACGCUAUGUCUUCCCAGUCUUUUCGGAAGAAUUAAAUGAGAUAAAAACUACAGUUUAAAAGACAGGUAUUCGGUAAUU